AUGACGAAGACAAAGGGUAUUGGGUUCAUUGGUCUUGGAAACAUGGGUUUCUGGAUGGUAACCAACUUGGCCAGCAAGCUUCCAGUCAAUUCCAAGAUUUAUGUGUUUGAUAUCGUGAACGAUAUCUGCACAAAAUAUCCGGAGAGGAUCAUCGGAUACUCUGGUCCGAAGGAAGUUGCCGACAAAUCUGAUAUAAUUAUCACGAUGCUACCCGAAGGAAGGCAUGUCAAGGAAAUUUACAUGGGACCGGGUGGAAUCUGCUCCAGCGACGUCGGAGAGAAACUUCUAAUCGACUGCUCGACUAUCGACACCGGAAGUUUCCUGGAGGUUAAGGACCACAUUACCAAGACUUUUUCUCACACCUCAUUCUACGAUGCCCCGGUGAGUGGCGGUGUGAUCGGAGCGAAGCGAGGAACAAUUGCAUUCUUUCUCGGCUCCAUCCAUUGUGGCGGCCCCUCUCUCGGACUCGCAGCCAAACUUUCUAAUAACUACCUCUCCCGUAUGAUCAGCAUUGUGGCCUCGGAGGCCAUGGACAUGGAAAUGAAGUCCGGAUUAGACCCACGAGUCCUGGCUCGGGUUUAUGCGGCCGGCACUGCCCAAAACACGAUCUGUGAUCGUUUCAACCCGGUGCCCGGAAUUUGGCCCGAUGCGCCAUCCUCAAACGGUUACCAGAACGAUUUCAAGGUCCAGCUUAUGAAGAAAGAUAUUUCGUUGGCCUUGGAUAUGGCCCGUCGUGUGGGAUCGACUAAUGUGAUGGGGAGUGUGGGAUUGCAGACAUACAAGGAGGCUAGUGAUGAUGAGCGAUGCAAGGACUUGGACUCACGGAUCGUGUUCCGAUACUUGGGUGGGAAUGAGAACUGGAUGGCUGAUUAUAAGAACGAGAACUAA